CUGGCCAGGGCGGCGGCGGCGGCGGCGAAGGAGGAGGAGGAGGAGGAAGGCGGCUGUGGCGGCGGCGGCGGCGGCGGCGGCGGCGGCAGCGGCGAGAGAAGAGGGGAGGACGGGGGCGGCGUCGGACUGGAGCCGAGCGGCGGCGCGAGCUGCCCGGGGCGCUGUCGUGAGCUCGCCCGCCGGGCCUCCACCCCCGAGCUACACCCUGCCGUGCCCAGCUCUGCCCGCGUCCGUGCCCCCGCGGGGAGCGCGCCGGGGCUGCCCCCCGAAUGACGGGCGGAAGGUUCGACUUCGACGAUGGCGGCACCUACUGCGGCGGCUGGGAGGAGGGCAAGGCGCACGGGCAUGGCAUCUGCACGGGGCCCAAGGGCCAGGGCGAGUACUCGGGCUCCUGGUCGCACGGCUUCGAGGUGGUCGGAGGCUACACCUGGCCCAGCGGCAACACCUACCAGGGCUACUGGGCGCAGGGCAAGCGGCACGGGCUGGGGGUGGAGACGAAGGGCAAGUGGAUGUACCGGGGGGAGUGGUCACAUGGCUUCAAGGGGCGCUACGGGGUUCGGCAGAGCCUGUGCACCCCCGCUCGCUACGAGGGUACCUGGAGUAACGGGCUGCAGGACGGGUACGGCGUGGAGACCUACGGGGACGGAGGUACCUACCAGGGCCAGUGGGCCGGCGGCAUGCGACACGGCUACGGCGUGCGCCAGAGCGUGCCCUACGGCAUGGCCACGGUGAUCCGCUCGCCGCUGCGCACGUCGCUGGCCUCGCUGCGCAGCGAGCAGAGCAACGGCAGCGUGCUCCACGACGCCGCGGCAGCCGCCGACAGCCCGGCCGGCAGCCGCGGGGGCUUCGUGCUCAACUUCCAUGCAGACGCCGAGCUCGCGGGCAAGAAGAAGGGCGGCCUCUUCCGCCGCGGCUCCCUCUUGGGAAGCAUGAAACUGCGCAAGUCCGAAUCCAAGUCCUCCAUCUCCAGCAAGCGCAGCUCGGUCCGCAGCGACGCGGCCAUGAGCCGAAUCAGCUCCAGCGACGCCAACUCCACCAUCAGCUUCGGCGACGUAGAUUGUGAUUUCUGCCCCGUGGAAGACCAUGUGGACGCCACCACCACGGAAACCUACAUGGGCGAGUGGAAGAAUGACAAGCGCACCGGCUUCGGCAUCAGCGAGCGCUCCAACGGCAUGAAGUAUGAAGGCGAGUGGGCAAAUAACAAGAGGCACGGGUAUGGCUGCACCGUGUUUCCCGACGGCUCUAAGGAAGAGGGAAAAUACAAAAAUAAUAUUCUCGUCCGUGGAAUAAGGAAGCAGCUUAUACCAAUAAGAAAUACAAAAACUAGGGAGAAGGUGGACAGAGCGAUCGAAGGCGCGCAAAGGGCAGCCGCCAUGGCGAGAACCAAAGUGGAAAUAGCAAAUUCAAGGACCGCGCACGCAAGAGCCAAAGCUGACGCCGCCGACCAGGCUGCUCUGGCCGCCCGCCAGGAGUGUGACAUCGCGAGAGCUGUGGCCAGAGAGCUGUCACCUGACUUCUACCAGCCAGGUCCAGAUUAUGUCAAACAGAGAUUUCAGGAAGGUGUAGAUGCUAAAGAAAACCCAGAAGAAAAGGUCCCGGAAAAGCCACCUACACCAAAGGAAUCUCCUCAUUUUUAUCGCAAAGGCACGACACCCCCAGCGUCUCCCGAGGCAAGUCCCAAACAAGGCGGCUCUCCCUCCCCAAAGCCCGUGAAGAAGCAGAAUCCCAGCUCAGGGGCCAGACUCAACCAAGACAAAAGGAGUGCAGCCGAGGAACAGGUGACGGCCACCAUCAAUAAGCCCUUGACCUCCAAGGCUCCCACGAAGGAGGUGGGAGCGGCUGUGCCCCACUCCAGGUACUCUGGCCGUCACCACGUCCCUAACCCCAGUAACGGGGAGCUGCACUCUCAGUAUCACGGCUACUACGUGAAACUGAACGCCCCCCAGUACCCCCCGGAGGACGUGGAAGAAGAGGAAGGGCCAAGCCAGUCUUCCUCGGCGCUGGUGCACAAGCCAUCGCCCAACAGGUGGAGUCCCCCUAAAUCUGUGACAAAACCAGUUGCCAAAGAAAGCAAAGCUGAGCCAAAAGCUAAGAAGUCUGAACUUGCUAUACCAAAGAACCCAGCAAGCAACGAUUCGUGCCCUUCUUUGGAAAAAGAAGCCAAUUCGGGCCCUAAUUCAAUCAUGAUUGUCCUCGUCAUGCUGUUGAAUAUCGGGUUGGCCAUUCUUUUUGUUCACUUUCUAACUUGAUUGGAAUUAGGAAAAGGCCUUUGGAAUCAUUUUGCAAAGUAAGAUUCAUCGCUCUGCUUUACUGCCUUCGUUAAUUGUGUUAGUGCCUUAUCCCGGGUUUUGAGUCUGCUCCUGUUUUUAAGGAAAACUUAAAGAUGAAGUAAGUCUCUCCUGCGUGGGCACUUUUCAGUUACAGUUUUCUGACCAUUGUGGCCCAAAGAAAUUACUAUGUUGCUCUGGCCUCUGCUGCUUAAGUCCAAAGUGCAGCUGAAUAAACUUGCUGCCACUAGAACCUGCAGCCUUUGAAGCCAUCCUCGGUGCUGGCCUCGGCUGGCUCCACGCAUCAGCAGGCAGCCUGUGAAGUACAAUAAACGGACCUUCUCCAGAACAGCUUCCCACGGAGCUGCCACAGCGCUUUUGAAUUCCCAAGUUAGCCACUCCUGUUGAGGGCUGAGGUAUCGAAGACCCCCACGUAAGCAAUGCCCAGUUAUCGCCUCUAGGUGUUAACGGAUUUAUCAACUCACGUGAUUCAUCUCCUAGCAAAUCCUAAGGGAACAGAACACAGGACAGACUACUUUGGAGCAGGCGGGAGAAGCACAGGAUGCUAGAAAGAUUAUUGACUCCAGAUUCGUGUCCAAACCACGGGUUUCGGUGGCUGGAGCCAAAGCCAGGGUGAAGACCGUGUGGUUGGGAGAUCUGGAAAAUAUUCUGCGUGCCCUUUUCGUACAAUAGCUAUUCCAAGAGUCGUGGUGAGCAGCUCCCUGGGCUCAACCUGUGCACUCGCAGCCCCCCCCCAAGGCUUUGCAAAGCAGUGUAGGCUCUUCUCUCCAACUUCAUAGGCAGCUGUGGACGUGGCGUAUUCUGCCCGGACAGUGUAAGGAUCCAUCAGGCCAUGUUCAGUGAUCCCAGGUGUAUCAAUUAUCUAUGUCCAGCAUGUCCUUCUUACCCCCAAAGUACCAGAAAGGACUUAGGAUUCUGUCAUAGCCUCUACAGGGGUCUGACAUAUGGGAGUAGGAGAAAAUAUCAGCGUAUAUAGAAUGCAGUGAAUAUGGGUGAAGUUUUGGCUGUGGUCAUGAUUGAUGGAGGAAUUCUUCUCUAAUCUGUGUCCCUGGUUUCCUCAUCUGUAAAAUGGGUAGAACCACAGCACUGACCUCAUCGGAGGAGGAGAUGAGCUCAUUUACCUUAAGUGCUUAGUACAGUACCUGGCACAUAGGAACUGCUUCGUACAUGUUAGCCUUUACUAAUUGGAAGAACUAGGGGAAAUUUUAAUUCCUGUGUCUCCAACACAUUAAAAAAUAUAUAGUAAGAUCCCACUAAAGGCCUCUUUAUAAAGGUUAAUUAUGCCAUAGGUCAUACGAUGUUCUUUAGUGGUAGUCAUUGAGUCUCUCUCACUGGGAAAAUCGAAGGCCACACUUACAGAGCUCCGUCUCUACACUAAAAUGUGAUUUUUAAUAUAGUAGGAUGCAAGACAUUUGCUUUACACAAAGAACUUUCUCGUCUCAUUAGAGUCUUACAAGGUCCCUGUGAACGAUUUCCUGCAGGUAAAUGACUUGCCCAAGGUCAUGUAGCCAAAAAGUUACGAAUUUUUGUAUCAGAGUCCCAGAUAUGACUCUAAAUGCUGUGCUUUUUCAUUUCCUAUAUUGACUAGCAUUAUGCCAGACUGUCAUACUGAUCAGCCAUGAAAAGGCAGAAAAUACGAUGAAAUUCAAGGUAACAGUGUGGGUUGAAUGAGCCCAUUUCCGUAAGUUCCUGAAUGCUACUCAGUUGAUGUAACUAUAACAGACUUUAUCAAAAGUUCUGAAUAAGGUACUUAAAAUCCUAAAUGUUAAGUAUAUUUAAGUUUCAUAACUUUUAGUUAGGUAUUUCAAUAAGAUGUUGAUUUUUGAACCUUAAAAAAUACUAAAUAUUAUUAAUAAACGUUUAGUUCUUAAGUGCUAUCUUGCUUGGUAUUUUGGAGUAAGAGGCAUUUUACAAAUGAACUUGGGAUGGGUUGUGUUUGAACCUGAUCUCCAGGAUUAACCCAGAAACUGCACAUAGAAGGCCUAAAAGAUUUAGAUGUAUAUCAUGAUGUUCUUUUGAAUACUUUAUCUUAGUGUUCCAUAGAA